GGCGCAGAUUACAGGAUAUCCGCAGCCCGAAUACGACGCUUGCAAAGUCGAGUGCAAUUCCUUUGCCCAUCUACCGCUGUGGUGUACGUAGCGACGCAGCGUGCUGCUUUAGGCGAGCGCACUCGAGAAGUAAUCGCCCACUGCCAACUUCUACAUGGCCGCCGUGCUAAACAGCGCCUACGAAAAGGCCGAGGCCGCGGUGGCGGCCCUGCCCGAGCGAGUGCAGCAAGUCUUCGACCUCGCCCAGGAGAAGACCGGUGUUCAGCGCGCCUACUUCAUGCUGGGCUUCGGCGUCUUCGCUGCGCUCUAUUUCAUCUUCGGCUGCUUCGCUGAGCUGCUCUGUAACGUCGUGGGCCUAGUGUAUCCGGCGUACGCCUCGACGCGAGCCAUAGAGUCAGCCGACAGGAACGACGACACUCGCUGGCUCACCUACUGGGUCGUGUACGCCUGCUUCUCCAUCCUGGACUUCUUCGCCGACGGCAUCCUCAGGUUCUUCCCCUUCUACUGGCUCGUCAAGGUAGUCUUCCUCGUGUACUGCUUCCUGCCUAUCCGUCCCAACGGCUCCACGCGUAUCUACAACAGCCUCAUUCACCCGUAUUUCCUCAAGAGCAGCGGCCAGAUCGACACCGCCUACGCGAAGAUGGCUGCUAAAGCGUCGUCGGCCCUCGGAGACGCUUUGAAGCAGCAGUGAGACUUAUGUUUUGUUGUAACAUGUGUUGGGUGAGCAAAAAGUGCUGUGACGUCGUGGUGAUUAUCGUAUGUGUCCUUUCUGAUGUGUGUUGCUAAGUUCGGCGCACACGAGAGGUGGUUGCUGUCGGCGACUACUUAUCUUCUGCGCGGUACUCGGGUUUAGAUCAAAAAGCGAAUCGACUUGUCGUGGCUGCUAGAGAACUGCAACAUUCAAAGCAUGGACGAACUCUUUUGCGUUGCUUCGCGUGAAGUAAGCAGGAAGUUCCUCGUUUUAUGGGGGUACUGGCGGAUGUUCUGCUGUUACAGCGUGCUUUUCGUUUUCAGGGAAAAGUUCUGUUAUCAAGAACACGUUUUAAGAAAGCUAAAAUAAAUCUUGAAGGCUGUUUUUUUCCCA